GUACGACCUGUUACUUUCACUUUCAUACUCUGCAUAUCAUCAGAACUGAAAAAUGGCCACCAUUAGACUUGAUCUCGAUACCCUCAAAAACCAGAGAGACUUUAUCCAAACCAUCCAAAGCCAUUACCCUUCAUCAGAAUCGUCUUCGUCUGCAGUGGUCUCAACUCUAGCAGCUCUUCUUCAGAUUGAGACCGAAUCGCAAGCUCAGCUUACCGCCGGAGCAUCCAGUCCUGCGCUGAAAUUCCUCCCUUCGCGUCUAUCGGUCCUCGCCUCUGGAACCCACCCGCCAGAUGCGCCCGCUCAGGAGUUCGUCUCGCGUCUGACGCACGCAGCACAUGGGGCGGCUGAGUCGCUGACCUGCGGGAGUAUUGUCGCCGGGCAUACGAGUGAGAGUGACGAGCAUGCCGAUGUCGGUGUGUGGCUUGGCGAGGGUGACUAUGGGAGAGGGAAGGAGCGAGAGGUGCUCCGUGCACUGGGACUCGAUGGGUGGUCUGUAAAGCAGAUCGAGAACAUCGAACUUCGUCCGCCCCUAGGUCUUCCUUCCAGCAUAAACAUCGCCACCCAAACCAAUGCACAGGGGCCGGAGAUGGAUGCGUUUAUAGCGGCUUUCGAGCAGCUUGAAGAGCGGUACUGUUUCUUCGCUUUUGGUGGACCCGGCUCGGGGGGUUUGAUUGCCUGCUUAUUGCUGGGGAAAUUCAAGGCUACUGGUGGGCAUAGUAUGGCUGGGAAUGUAGGGUGGUGUGGGCUUGUUGGAAUUUCUGUUGCCGCCGACGACUAAAUGAGUACAAGACGGGUAGAGCAUUUAGCCCUGGUGGGCCGUGUUCAUUGAUUCAUUCAUUCAACACAAACCUGCAAGGUCACAUAUU